AGCAGCCAUUCGCUGGAGACAUGGCCACACCCGGACAGAUAAAGGACAAUAGGAUGAUAGUUCGGCAGGCACGUUCCCAGAGAAGUGUAAUAAAGGUAACAGGUAGAGAUAAUGCAUGUGAAAAAACUUCAUAUAUGUUUCUGCGUAAGGAGCUUCCUGUUCGACUGGCUAACACAAUGAGAGAGGUUAACCUUUUGCCGGAUAACUUGUUGAACCGCCCUUCAGUGGGAUUAGUUCAGAGUUGGUACAUGCAGAGCUUCCUUGAACUUUUAGAAUAUGAAAACAAGAGCCCAGAAGACCCACGGGUUUUAGAUAACUUUCUCCAUGUUUUGAUUAACAUCAGAAACAGACACAAUGAUGUUGUUCCUACCAUGGCCCAAGGCGUGAUUGAGUACAAGGAAAAGUUCGGUUUUGAUCCAUUUAUUAGCAGUAACAUCCAAUAUUUCCUGGAUCGUUUUUAUACCAACCGAAUUUCUUUCCGCAUGCUUAUUAACCAACACACACUUCUGUUUGGCGGUGACACUAAUCCUGCUCAUCCUAAACACAUAGGGAGUAUUGAUCCCACCUGUAAUGUCGCUGAUGUGGUGAAAGAUGCGUAUGAAACAGCAAAGCUGCUCUGUGAACAGUAUUACCUGGUUGCUCCAGAGCUGGAAGUAGAAGAAUUCAAUGCCAAAGCACCAAACAAACCCAUUCAGGUAGUUUAUGUGCCCUCACAUCUGUUCCACAUGCUGUUUGAGCUGUUCAAGAACUCAAUGAGAGCAACAGUUGAGCUACAUGAAAAUAGAAAAGAGGGCUAUCCAGCUGUUAAAACUCUCGUCACUCUGGGUAAAGAAGACUUGUCCAUUAAGAUAAGUGACCUAGGUGGUGGAGUCCCACUUCGGAAAAUAGACCGUCUUUUUAACUACAUGUAUUCAACUGCCCCUCGACCCAGCCUGGAGCCUACAAGAGCUGCUCCCUUGGCUGGAUUUGGUUACGGCUUGCCAAUUUCUCGUCUGUAUGCCAGAUAUUUUCAGGGAGAUCUAAAACUAUAUUCCAUGGAAGGAGUGGGUACUGAUGCCGUCAUUUAUCUGAAGGCCCUUUCAAGUGAAUCCUUUGAGAGACUACCAGUUUUCAACAAGUCUGCGUGGCGCCAUUACAAGACUACUCCUGAAGCUGAUGACUGGAGCAAUCCUAGCAGUGAACCGAGGGACACAUCAAAAUACAAGGCUAAACAGUAA